AUGUAUACUAGUCACACUUUAGUUCCCACCGGAAGAGUAAAAACAUACAGCAGCUUCUGAUUUAAAACUGGUUGUUUUCGCUCCAAAAGUUGUAUUCGCCUUCGAAGAAAAUUGACACGCCACCGUAUAAUUAAUUUUAAAUAUGUAAAUAUGCCUUCAUUGAUUUAGUGUUACUUUGGAUUACGAAAGCCCUCCAAAGUCGAGUGUUUUUAAGGUUUAUUUCCUGGAUGGAUGGUGUUGACUGGUGUGCUUCUCAUAACAAUUUCCCCCCGUUUUGAAAGAGCUUUAACAAGUGCAGAACUAUUUUCUGUUACCACACAAUAACAUAGCGCACAUGUAACUGUCAGCCGGGUUGUAGUCUGCUGCUUCUGUCACAGAAAGUCGCUAUGGCUCAGGAUUUCCUCCCAGGCAUGGAGAGCUCGGCUAUCUCUGUCUUAAAGAGAGCCGUGGAGCUGGAUCACAGCUCACGCUUUCAGGAGGCUCUGGUGUGCUACCAGGAGGGGAUCCAGCUCCUGAUGGAUGUACUGAAAGCUGUAAAAGAUGAUUCAAAGAAGGUCCGCUACAGAGAGAAGAUCAAGGGUUACAUGGACCGAGCAGAACAGAUCAAAGACCAUGUGAACAAACUGAAAGAAGAGGGUAAAUACCAUGAGCAGAUAAAGAUAGCAGACAGUUCCACUGGUUUCAGCUAUGAAUCCCUCUUGAAACCCUACAUCAGAGACGGACUGACUGAAGUCUGGGUGGAGGACCCUUAUGUACGGCAUGUCCAUCAGUUGUAUAACUUCCUUCGUUUCUGUGAAAUGCUGCUGAAAUGCCAGUGUAAAGUAAAGACGAUUCACCUUCUGACCUCACAGGACGAGGACAGCUCUGCUCAGCAAACCAGUGCCCUGGCAGAAAUAAAGCAGUCGCUACAGAGUCAAAAUGUCUGUCUGGACAUCCAGUACUCAUCUACUAUUCAUGACAGGGAGAUCAGGUUUAAUAAUGGUUGGAUUAUUAAGAUCGGCAGGGGACUUGAUUAUUUCAAAAAGCCAAAGGGUCGCUUCUCUGUAGGAUACUGUGAUUAUGAUCUGAGAGAGUGUCAUGAGACUACUGUAGACAUUUUUCAUACAAAACACACUAAGACGACAUAAUCUUGAUUCAAAAGCUUCUCCACUGUCUGGAGAAUUAUCUGUGGGACGUAAUUUCGAAUGCAAUCCUCACAUACCAACCCGGACGACUGGAAAUGUGCCUUUUGAUCCCAUUUACAGCUUUUAAAUAAUGCGAAAGUGAUUUUAUUGCCUGUUUUAAAAUGUUCUGAUAUGAAUUAUUAUUAUAGUAAUUACAACUAUAGUAAUUGCUAUUACUUCUAUUCUGCUGUUUUUAAACAAUUUAUGCACUAGUAUAUGAUGGGGUGAUUGAUACUGAUAUGUAUUUAUUAUAUGUUUGCGUCUGUAAUCAUAAUAAAAACCGAAGUGCAUUUGUAAAUAAGGUAGUAGUCUGUAAAAAUGUUAGUCACUAGUAAGUGCCCUUAAUAAAAACGUUUUGCAAAUAUAUUCUGUGCAGCAGCAGCAGCGCCAUCCUGUGUACUAUGGCGUUAUUUUA